GAAUCCUCUGAUGAAGAAUCUUCUGAUGAUUCAGAUUCAGACUCAGACUCUGAUUCCGAUUCUUCUGACGAAGAAGAAGAAGUAAAGAAGGUUGAAAAGAAGGUUGAAAAGAAAGAUGAAUCCUCUGAUGAAGAAUCUUCUGAUGAUUCUGAUUCUGAUUCUGAUUCCGAUUCAGACGAUGAAGAAGAAGAAACCAAGAAAGAAACCAAGAAAGAAGAAGCUAAAGCUGAUUCUGACUCUGAUUCCUCUGAUUCCGAUUCUGAUUCUGAUGAUGAAUCUUCUGAUGACGAAGAAGAAGAAGAAAAAGAAGAAAAAUCUAAUAAACGUAAGGUUGAAGAAGAUGAUGAAGAAGAAGAAGAACAACCAAUCAAAAAAUCCAAGGUUGAAGAAGAACCAGCUACUUUAUUCGUUGGUAGAUUAUCAUGGAAUAUUGAUGAUGAUUGGUUAAAGAGAGAAUUUGAAGCUAAUGGUGGUGUUAUUGGUGCCAGAGUUAUUAUGGAAAGAUCCACUGGUAAAUCCAGAGGUUACGGUUACGUUGAUUUUGAUAGUAAAUCUGCUGCUGAAAAGGCUUUACAAGAUUAUCAAGGUAAAGAAAUUGAUGGAAGACCAAUUAAUUUAGAUAUGUCAACUGGUAAACCACAUGCUACUAAAUCAAAUGAUAGAGCUAAACAAUAUGGUGAUACUCCAUCUCAACCAUCUGAUACUUUAUUCAUUGGUAACUUAUCAUUCAAUGCUCAAAGAGAUAAUUUAUUUGAAAUUUUUGGUCAAUAUGGUAGUGUUAUUUCAUGUCGUAUUCCAACUCAUCCAGAUACUCAACAACCAAAAGGUUUUGGUUAUGUUCAAUAUUCAAGUGUUGAUGAAGCUAAAGCUGCUUUAGAAGCCUUAAAUGGUGAAAUGCUUGAUGGUAGACCAUGUAGAUUAGAUUUCUCCACUCCAAGAGAAAACACUGGAAGUAACAAUAACAGUAGAGGUGGAUUCGGUGGUAACAGAGGUGGUAGAGGUGGUUUUGGUGGUGAUAGAGGUGGAAGAGGUGGAUUCGGUGGUAGAGAAAGAUCAUUUUCUCCAAGACCAGAAUCAUUUUCACCAAGACCAUCAAAUGAAUUUAAAGGUACUAAAAAAACCUUUGAUUAAAUAAUCAUUUAAAUUUUUCAACCAACCAUUUUGCAUAUUAUAUAUAACCGGGGAAGAGAGAUAGGGAGAAGAAAUCACAAAAUAACAUUAAGAAAAUUUAAAAGACCAUAUAAUUUUUAACCGAUAUUUGAAUUGGGGAAUAGUGGAGAAGGUAAAGGAAUAACACGAUAUUAUAUUAAACGUGUUGUAUUUUUGUUGUGUUGUGCCGUGCCUUACCAAACCAUGAUAAACCAUUAAUAUAUCAAAUAUAAUUAUAUAGAUUGUACAAUAGUAUCACAAAUGAAUAAACAUUAUUAUAAAUAUUUUAUUAUUAAAAACA